CACAGGAACGUGACACGACUUGCACGUCACACGGGCGUUGGUACUAGAAAGUGGAAGGGAAAAAAAGGGAGGACCACCAUUUCAUAAUACCGCAAAAUUUCAACUUGUGUGUUUAGGGGGAAACUCUUUAGGCUAUUCUUUUUCUGAGAUGGGGAAUCGGGUGCCACGUGAGGACUACGAAUGGGUUUAUACUGACCAACCACACGCUGACAGGAGGAAAGAGAUCCUUGCCAAAUAUCCACAAAUCAAGGCUUUGAUGGGUCCUGACCUCAGGCUUAAAUGGAUUGUGUGUGUGAUGGUGGCUAUACAAUUUUUAGCUUUUUAUUUCAUCAAAGAUAUGGACUGGAAAUGGGUUUUGUUUUGGACUUAUGCCUUCGGAAGCUGUAUCAACCAUUCAAUGACUCUUGCUAUCCACGAGAUCUCCCACAAUACCGCUUUCGGAAACAACAAAGCCAUGUGGAACCGAUACUUUGCCAUGUUUGCCAACCUCCCAAUCGGCUUGCCCUAUUCUGCCUCAUUCAAGCGCUAUCACUUGGACCAUCACCGGUACCUUGGAGGAGAUGGUGUCGAUGUAGACAUCCCAACUGAUUUUGAAGGCUGGUUCUUUUGUACACGUUUCCGCAAAUUCAUCUGGAUUAUUCUCCAACCUCUUUUUUAUGCCAUUCGACCCCUUUGUAUCAACCCUAAACCCAUUACACAGUUGGAAUUAACCAACGUUUUUGUUCAACUCACCUUUGACAUUCUGCUCUUCGGGCUAUGGGGUGUCAAGCCUGUAGUGUACAUGCUAGCAGGCUCUAUGCUGGGUAUGGGUCUGCACCCCAUAUCUGGACACUUUAUAGCUGAACACUACAUGUUCCUGAAGGGUCAUGAGACCUACUCCUACUACGGCUCCCUCAACCUGCUCACCUUCAAUGUAGGGUACCACAAUGAACAUCAUGACUUCCCCAGCAUCCCCGGAUGUAGACUACCAAUGGUGAAGAAAAUAGCUGCAGAGUAUUAUGAUGACCUUCCUCAGUACACAUCGUGGGUAAAGGUCCUGUAUGAUUUCAUCAUGGAUGACACAUUGAGCCCAUACUCAAGAGUCAAGAGGAAGCUGAAAGGGGAUGUGAAACUGGAGUAAAUUCUGAAACCAAAUGUCUUUGUAUUAACAUUUUAAGUAUUAAGAUUUUUUUUCUUAAUCACAAGAAAAUAUUUUGUUAUAAAGGUUGAAACCAACUUAUAUACUAUUAACUUCGGCACAAAUAUUUGGAAAAUUAAGUCAUUCAAUGCCAAGUACCACAAGUGCCAGCCAUUUUAAAGGAUUUUGACUAUUUUUCGGACUAUAAAGUGCACUUAAAAUGCUUUUAUUUCCCCCCCAAAUUAAAUGCACCUUCUGUAUGAACUCUGCUUGUGCUUAAUUUAAGGGUGCCAUGAAAAGCUCCAACUAGUGAUUUUAAAAUGAUAGCAGACCAUAUUUUUGACACAAAUCCAUCCAAAAUAAGUGACAGAAAAGGCUUAAUAAUGAAAUUAGAUCCUAUUUAAUCUUCUGUUCUUAGCUGCCUGGGCCAAACUACUAAAAAUAUCCCCCAAAAUCAGUCUGCUAUUAGUCUGCUAGCAUGCAAUCCAUGAGGUUUCUAUUCUCUUGUUGCCAUGUGGCCGUUCUGUCAACAUGUACUAGCUAGCGCAGCUCUAGUAAGCUAGACAUGAUCAUCAAAUCUGGUUGUGAUGACACAACCAGAAUUGCUGAAAAAUAGUGGGCGUUCCCUGACGCAUUGUUUUGUGUGGAAUAACUUUAAAUGGUAAAAGAAAGGCAGAUUUGAUUGCCAAAUUCAUUUUCAAUUUGAAAAAUUACAUGAGUGCAGUCAUUUUCAUUUCUUGACAUGGUCACCGAUUAAUUACACCUUAAUGACUUUGAACCUAUUAGCGUGUAACUGUCAUGAUGCUCCUGUAAAGUGCUUAAAAACAAUCAUUCAUCAAACCCACAGAAGAAAAAAAAUAAUAAUUGCAAUGUGAAAGAUGGCAAAUGACAAAUGCAGUACAUCGAUGCACUAGUGCGUGUUAUGUAUGAGAAUAAACUUGCUCAAAGAUGGCACGGUUUAUAAUCUGGUGCUUUUUAUAGUCCGAAAAAUACAGUAAUAAUUAAGAGCCCACAGAAUUUUCUGUAUUAUUUGGUACAUACAUGCUCAAUUUACCAAGUAAACAUAUAGAUCACAAGAGAGGGAAACAUUGUUUUUAAAUUUUAUCCUAGUUGAUCAAACGGACUAAUGGGAGAGCAUUAUUACCAAUGUUGCAUAUUCUCCAGUUACAUUGAUGCACUUUAUUCUUACCAAACAAAACAAAAAAACACAAAAUAAAGUUUAAAAUUAUUGUAAAUAAGGAUAAAGCAGUUUUUUUUAAACCUACAUUCACAACCUGCUGUGAUGGCUUUUAUUACUGCUCUGAAAGUGCCUUCAACAUAUACAGUAGUUGGACUCCCAACUUGCUUCAAUUUUUCACACUAACUCUUUGUUAAGUUCCAAUUUGUCACCAAUAAGCACACAUCCUUUUCUCACAGGUUUGGAUGCCAUAGUAAAGGGUUUGACAAAUAAAUUGUGGUUUUGAUGUACUCCCACUAUCCCGAACAAAGUGAUGAUGGCUACGUUCCCAUUGGUGUUGUAGCAGAAUUUUGCUUUAUGGUUUGUUCUCAUUUUUUCCCCCCAUGAGAUGUUUAUUAAACUAUUCUGUGACAUGCAUCCUGCAUCUUUUUCCAGUAGUUCAGUGUACCAAACUGUAUAGAAUGUCAGACGCCUCAAAUGUACAGCCACUGAGAAAGGACUGCAUGUUUUUUAUGCCCUUGACGGUUGUGUGCCCUUGGAGAAACAGUAGCAGGCUCUGUCUGUUGAUUGUGUCAGCAAACAGUCAGUUCAGGAAAGAACGGACUUUGCUCACUAUGCAUGGGAACUGCUACUCGCCGUACAAUACCAAUUAUGGCAGAUUCAGAAGGUGCUGUGAAAUAGUGCAGUGAUCUUAAAAUGAUAGACCUUAUUUUGGGACAGAAAUCCAUCCAAAAAAGUGACAAAUGCUUAAUAAUUAGAUCCUAAUUAUUAGUCUUCCUUUGUCAGGACAUCACACCCAGAAUGAACUGCAGAUGUUUGCAGUCCUGUAGAAAAUUUAGGGACACACUGUAAAUUGGCUGGUGAUGUAAAUAUUCAGUUUUGUUUUAUUCAGACUUGCUUUGUCUAGUAAUUGACCUUUCGUUAAAGCUCCUCCCCUUUAGUUAGGCUUGCUAAAUAGACAUACAUCGUGACUCCCAACAGCAAAAGCCAUUGCCUUUGCAUGGUUUUUAAGUGAUUUAUUUCGGAGCGAUACCAAUGCAACAUCCUUCAGAUUGCUCGCAAAAAUUAGAUGAGCACAUUAUUAAAAAAAUGUUUGCAAGUGAUAGUCAUGAUGAAGAGGAAUUAGAAGGUUUUCAUCCAUGAUGAUGAAGAAGAGUUACCUUUAGACAGUUAAACAAAAACUAAAAAUAUAUUUACAAGGGAAGCCGACCACGUGAUCAGAAACCAGGCUGAUCCCGCCAUUUUUCAGACUAUCAGAAUUGGGUGAAAAGGAUUGGGUUUUUAAUUUUUAAAAAAAUGUUUUUUGCUUCAUGCUCGUACAGUCUCCCACUCUCCCUCCUGCUGCUUUUCUUGGUCAGCUUGCACUGGCGUUAGAUAUUUAAAUGUAACGAUGAUUGACUGGUAUGUAGCUUUGAUCUUGCCAGAGAAGCUUGGUAGCACUACCAUCAAAGGCCCAAAUGUGUCAAUCAUCGUUUAGCUUGUUAAACACUAGUGGUAGUGAUCUGUGGCAACUCAUUUUGUAAGUGAGAGGCUGUUCUCAGUAAUAUGAGAGGAUUUUAAAACUUUUUAAAAAACUUUUACGGGACUAUCGGGAGAUUCUCAACUCCAAAUAUUAAGUUCGAUUUUUGUGAUGUAUCAAAUACUUAUUUCAUGCAAUUAAAUGCAAAUUUAUUAUUUAAAAAUCAUACAACGUGAUUUUCUGUUUUUUUGUAUUAGAUUCCGUCCCUCACAGUUGAAGAGAACUUAUGAUACAAAUUACAGACCUCUACAUGCUUUGCAAGUGGGAAAACCAGCAAAAUCGGCAGUGUAUCAAAUACUUCUUCUCUCCACUGUACUUAGUUGUUACUACGCAAUUUGUUACUAAAUAAAAAUAGUCAAUAAAUAACAGUCAAUACGUUUUGUUUCAGUCAUCUGUAUUGAAAAUGCCCAAAAAUCUUUCAUAUGUUGGUCCGACCUAUAUGAGGCUCAACCUAAAAAAAAAACUUUUUUAACCACAAAGUAGGGGUGCGACUUAUACACGAGUAUAUAUGGUAUGUGAAUUGUUGGACCAUUGUCACAAACUGAUGUUGGAUGAGAUUGUUUCUGGUGUUCUGUCAGAUUGAGGUCAGGAAUCCACACUCAAUUUAAAAUCCACAAAAAAAAAAAAAAAUGCAAUCCAUGUCUUUAUGGACCUCACUGGACUGGCACACAGUCCUUCAGCGUUGUUUUCACUCGGAAAAUAUUUUCGAUAAUUCCAUGCUUCCAAUUUAGUGGAAAGGUUGGGGUGGCUUGUUUGUUCUCCAAAAUGCACCAUUGAACAAAGUAAGGGAAGCACAUGGUGUAGAAAACAUCUAGUCUUUACAUACUCCUGACCUCAACCCAAUAGAACACAUUCGGGAUAAAUUAAUGUGGGGUAGAGAUCCCUACCUUGUUAUCCAAAUACGUGUUUAACCUCACAAAUGUGCUUCUGAAAGAAUGGUUAAAAAAUGUUUGGCAAUAUAAUGUGUAUAUUGUAUAUUUGAGUCUUAACACUUGUACUUAACAGUGCAGCUUCAAAAACAAAUGUAGAUAUAAAUAUAGGGACUGUAUGUUGUUGGAUUCUGAAAGACAUGUCAUUGGCAUUGAAUGAGUUAAUGUAAAGAUUUGUAAGAGAUAUUGUUUCUGCAUAUAGGCAGUCUAGCAUGGGUUUGGUGGAAAUAUCUUCCUGAAUCAAAUACUUGUGAUUCAUUUGCAGUAAACAUUUUAAAAUGUGUUCUUUUAAUAUGAAAAGAUUUAGUAACCUGUUAACCCCCCCCGUUUAAUGCAUUUUGCACUCUGGGGUGAUGCUUUCAAAAACACGCAGGCAUUAGCGAUGGUUAAUUAAUAAUUGGCAUUUGAAUCACAGUGAAGAGACUUCCUUUGCUACGUGGACUUGCCACCAUUGGACAUAAGGUGAAACAACUUUUCUGUGAUGAAAACACUUGGUUCAAUGGAAUGUCAAACAUUCUAUUAUGUGGUAGGUGCCAGCCAGUAGAAAUUGUUAUUUAGGAAUAUUAACAGGAAUUUUAUGAGACGUUUUUAAUAACUUAUUUAACCUAAAACUAAUUUCAACUAUAUCAUGUGCUGAUAAAAUGAAAUAAAAAUAACAAAACAUGUUGACCGUGU